CCCAGUUCUCAACCGCGCUUCACAAAUAUGGAUCACGCUACGUGACUUACAUGCUUACCAGGCAAAAGUCUCUGAAGCUUCCCAUUAAGAAUAUUCUAAAGAAAGUUUGAAGGUACUCAUAAAGAAUUUGACUGAAUGCCAGGAUAUAGGAAUGAGAAAGAAAAUCAAGCACAUGUGGAAGAAUUGUAUCCUUCUUUCACCUAGUCCCUGGAUAUUGCUGAAAUUUUGUCAUAAGAAGAAAUAAUGAUUUGAAGGAUUAGAACAAAGAUGGACAGAUAAGAAAAGUAUUGAGCAUCUCCAAGGAACCAGAAACCAAUAUGACAGAAAAUAUGAGAUCUCUCAGAAACUUUUUUCUUUACAAGUGUCUGUUUGCAUUAACUUUUUGGAGCCAUAUCAGCUUGUCUGUGGAAAAUGAACUCUUUACAUCUGCUUCUAAUGAUUUGCCAGAAGAUGGUUCUGACAACAAAAUCAAGAGCCUGCCACUCUUGUAUACAAAUAGUCAUCAGCCCAAAGCUAAUGUUGACUGGGUUGUGAUACAAAAUACUACAGAAAGCUUGUCAUUGUCAGAAAUCACAAAUGGCAAUGUAAAAAAAUUAGUAGCUCUAUUAUCUAAUUUCAGACAAGGCUCCAGGUUACAAAAUCUGACACUGACAAAUGUGUCAGUGGACUGGAAUGCUCUUAUUGAUAUUUUUCAGACUGUAUGGCACUCAUCCAUUGAAUACUUCAAUAUUAACAGUGUAACACAAUUGUCCGACAUCGAAAGCUGUGUCUUUGACUAUUCAGGUACCUCUAUGAAAGCACUGACAAUUAACAACGUUACAAUCACAGAUCUGUACUUCUCACAGGAUGACCUAUACAAAGUAUUUGCAGACAUGAAUAUUGCAGCCUUAACAAUAGCUGAAUCAGACCUGAUACAUAUGCUGUGUCCUUCGUCUGACAGUGCCUUUAGAUACUUAAAUUUUUUAAAGAACGAUUUAACAGAUCUUCUUUUUAAAAAAUGUGACAAAUUAAUUCAACUGGAGACAUUAAUCUUGCGGAAGAAUAAAUUUCAGAGCCUUUCCAAAGUAAGCCUCAUGACCAUCCAUAUGAAAUCGCUGAAAUAUUUGGACAUGAGCAACAACUUGCUGAGUCACGAUGCAGCUGAUGUGCAGUGCCAGUGGGCUGAGUCUCUGACAGAGUUGGACCUGUCCUCAAAUCAGUUGACGGAUUCCGUGUUUGAGUGCUUGCCAGUCAACAUCAAAAAACUUGACCUACACAACAAUCAGAUCACCAGCGUUGCCAAGGGGAUGGCUGAGCUGAAAUCCGUGAAGGAGCUGAACCUGGCAUCAAACAGGCUGGCUGACCUGCCGGGGUGCAGUGGCUUUGUGUCCCUGGAGUUCCUGAACAUAGAGAUGAAUUCGAUCCUCACCCCAUCUGCCGACUUCUUCCAGAGCUGCCCAAGGGUCAGGGAGCUACAAGCAGGGCACAACCCGUUCAAGUGUUCCUGUGAACUGCAAGGCUUUAUCCGUCUGAAGAGGCAAUCUGGGGGAAAGCUGUUUGGCUGGCCAGCGGCAUAUCUGUGCGAGUACCCGGAAGACUUGCGAGGAACGCAGCUGAAGGACUUCCACCUGACUGAACUGUCUUGCAACAUGACGCUCUUGCUUGUGACAGCUCUGCUGCUGACGCUGGUGCUGGUGGCUGUGGUGGCCUUUCUGUGCAUCUACCUGGAUGUGCCGUGGUACGUGCGGAUGACGUGGCAGUGGACGCAGACGAAGCGGAGAGCUUGGCACAACCAUCCCGAAGAGCGGGAGACCGUUCUGCAGUUUCAUGCGUUCAUUUCCUACAGCGAGCGCGAUUCGUUGUGGGUGAAGAACGAGCUGAUCCCGAACUUGGAGAAGGGGGAGGGCUGCGUCCAACUGUGCCAGCACGAGAGAAACUUUAUCCCCGGCAAGAGCAUUGUGGAGAACAUCAUUAACUGCAUUGAGAAGAGCUACAAGUCGAUCUUUGUGUUGUCUCCCAACUUUGUGCAGAGCGAGUGGUGUCACUAUGAGCUGUACUUUGCCCAUCACAAAUUAUUCAGUGAGAAUUCCAACAGCUUAAUCCUCAUUUUACUGGAGCCGAUCACUCCGUGUAUUAUCCCUGCGAGGUAUCACAAGCUGAAGGCUCUCAUGGCAAAGCGAACCUACCUGGAGUGGCCGAAGGAGAGGAGCAAGCAUGCCCUUUUCUGGGCUAACCUGAGGGCGGCUAUUAGCGUUAACCUGCCAAUGGCUGAUGGAAAGAGGUGUGGGGAAACAGAUUAUUAAGAAUCUUUCUAAUGGAGUUUCUUCUGUUUUUUCUUGGUGACGCAAUAAAUAAUUUAUGAUUUC